AUGUCACCUCCAAAUGAAGAACAACCUCUUCUCCGAUCGGCUAUAGAUGCUGUUUGGACCCCGCCGCGGGGGUUCAUCUGGAUACAACUGGCUAUAAUGUCCAAUGUUUUCCUGGCUGGAUUCGAUGGAACAAUAACUGCUUCAACAUACGCAGUCAUCAGUUCAGAGUUCAAUGCUGCGAAUACUGCAUCAUGGUUGACAACUUCAUACUUGAUCACCAGUACGGCCUUUCAACCAUUGUACGGUCGCUUUUCAGAUCUGUUUGGCCGUAGAACCUGCUUUUUUAUUGCGACUAUCACUUUUUUCACCGGAUGUCUAGGAUGCGCUGGAGCUAGAGAUAUUGUCUUUUUGAAUAUCAUGCGCGCACUGACUGGUAUUGGGGGUGGUGGCCUAAUGACAAUGGCGACGAUCAUUAAUUCGGAUCUGAUCCCUUUAAAAAAUCGUGGGAUGUACCAAGCUGUCCAGAAUGGCGCGUAUGGAUUCGGUGCAAUCUGUGGUGCUUCAUUCGGAGGUGCCAUCGUUGACACCAUCGGUUGGCGUUGGUGCUUCUUGAUCCAGGUUCCUGUCUCUUUGACUGUGCUGAUCCUGGGUUAUUUUGUCCUCCAAUUUCCACCCAAGCAGAAUCUUGCUGCAAAUGGUCAGCCGAAAGGACUUUGGCACCAAAUCGAUCUACUGGGGUCAGUUCUGCUUGUACUAGCUCUUUCAACACAGUUGAUUGGAUUGAGUCUGGGUGGAAACGAGUUGCCAUGGAUGAGUAUCUGGGUGAUUCUCCCUCUGAUUGGCAGUGUCUUCUUCCUCGCUACUUUUGUUACUAUCGAGGCAAAGACUAAGGCUAUCCCUCUCAUUCCACUAAAAAUGUUGCGUGGUCUUCAUCCUAUAUCCACUCAGAUUGCCAACGUCUGUGUUGGCAUGGCAGCAUAUGCUUUCCUCUUCACUCUGCCACUUUUCUUCCAGGUCAUUUUGAUAGAUACACCAACCCGAGCCGGUGCCCGACUGGUUAUUCCAUCUCUCAUGACCCCAGUUGGUGGGCUUACUGCAGGCAUAGUGAUGUCGCGCUGGGGUAAACUAGCUCAGCUUGUACGCACUGGAGCAGCAUUGAUGUUCAUCGGUAAUCUUCUUGUGACAUUCCUUGGCUUCAACGACUCCGAUUGGAAGUACUUUGCAUAUAUUAUCCCUGCAAACUUGGGACAAGGAAUCGUUUACCCUGGGAUUCUGUUCACAUUUCUUUCUGCAUUCGAUCAUAACGACCAUGCAGUCUCCGCCUCUACCGUCUACCUUAUUCGCUCCCUAGGUACCGUCUGGGGCGUCGCCAUUACGUCUGCGAUUAUCCAAAACACACUUAGCUCAGGCCUGCCAGAGGCCUUGAGUGGAGUACCAGACAAAUGGAAAUUGAUCGAUGAAAUUCGUCAUUCCGUCUCUGCAGUCCAUGACUUACCCGAGGAUAUACAAAUGGCCGUGCGUAUAGUAUACUAUCGAGGAAUCCGACUAUCCUUUGCAGCGUCGGCCGUAUUUGGCUUGAUCGCUACAGUCGCAGCCCUGUUUACUCGUGGAAAGGGGCUGGAACGCCCCGGUGGAGCCUAA